AUGUACAGUGUGUUUGGUGAUACAGAUAAAGUGAAGUCAGUGUCAGUGACGGAGGGAGAUUCUGUCACUCUACAGAUUAAUGUUACUGAAAUACAGACAGACAAUCUUCUUAUCAUGUGGAAGUUUGGAACCAAAAAGACUCUCAUAGUUAAAAUCAACAAAGCGACCAAUGAGAUCUCAAUAAAGGAUGCUGUUCUUGAUGGGAGAUUCAGAGACAGACUGAAGCUGGAUCAUCAGACUGGAUCUCUGACCAUCACAAACACCAGAACCACACACUCUGGAGUUUAUGAAGUGACCAUCAGCGGCAACACAGAGACUGAAAUCAGAUUCAAUGUUACUGUCUAUGCUCGUCUGCCCAUUCCUGUCAUUAUCAGUGACUCCCCGCAAAAUUCUUCAUCAUCAUCUUCAUCAUCAUAUUGUUCACUGCUGUGUUCAGUGGUGAAUGUGAGUCAUGUGACUCUCUCCUGGUACAAAGGAAACAGUUUAUUGUCCAGCAUCAGUGUGUCUGAUCUCAGCAUCAGUCUCUCUCUACCUCUGGAGGUGGAUUGUCUGGAUGAUUCCUACAGCUGUGUUGUGGCUUAUUCAUUCACAAACCAGACCACACAUCUCAACAACACUCAAUUCUGUCAGCCAUGUCCAGAUUGUGUUUUCUGUUGUCAUAUUCCUGAAGCUGUGACUCGAUUGGUCAUCUCUGCUCUGGUGGGCAUGGCUGCUGCUUUUAUUGUAGUGUAUGACGUCACAUCCAGAAAAGGUGAACAGGAGAGAUGGCAGCACUCGUCAUCAUUAGAACCUCCCAGAUGA